CUUUCAGCCAAUAGGUUCCUUGGACCUGCGUGGCUCCUUUCAGAACCAUCACUACAGGAACCCAUCCAAGAUGCACCUUAAGCCAAUAACUGCCUUAGAGCCUAAAGAACGUACAAUACAGAGAAUAGUUGUAGAUCUUCGACCUGCUCUGGGACAGGUCCAGGACACAAAAGAGGAAGAAUACAACAGUUCAGAUUCUUCUUGUGACGGCCCUCCGCUUGUGUGGGAUAAAAGGUCAAAGCAGGGAGAGGCAGUAAAAGAACAGCAAGAAAUUUUGUCUCCAUCCCAUGGCACUACAUCAGAGGAGUUCAGAAUGUUUCUGCCGCCAAUAGUACAAAGCCAGGUUGAGCAUGUAGAAUCUUCAGUAAAACUGACUAGGCUAAGUUUAGCAUCAGUAUCUAAUAAUGGGGCAAUAACAUGCCACCCAGAAGACAAAUCAGGCAUUCUGCCUCCAGUUUGCUUUCCCAAAAUUAUUGUAAGUCAAGAACCUAUAAAGAAGACAUAUGAAAAUCGGGGGCAACAGAGAAAUAUGUCUGCAGGAUGGCUAGGUGUGGAGAAAAUGCAGCUACCACUUUCUGAAUUACUGAAGGUGCUAAGUAAACAGACAGAAUAUAGACACCACACUUUCAUCAACCAGGUGCUCCACACCCUUCGAGAGAGGCGACACAGAAUGCUUGAGGAAUCUGGAGAACAUCAUGCCAUGACAUAAGACUUCAAAUGUGCUUUUCAAGAAAGAAUCUAAAGCAGUGUUUCUUUAGAUCCACUAUUUACUAUUUCAACCUGAAUUGCUUUGAAGAAGACAGGUACAUGUGUUUUUUGGACAAUGAGAACCUCUAAAGUACCAAAGGCACCAAGUUUAAGGAUCAGUAGUUCAGGAACACUAGUAUCCAACAAGAUCAUCCUUUUUCAGCAAUGCAAAACAGAAAAAAUGUAUCCAGUUAAAUCCUUUAUUACCUAUUUAACAACACUUAUCAACUGAUUCACAGACUGUAUUUCAUGUUACUAAUCUUGCUAUGCCCUUUAAUCCCACACAGGUAUUUUGUUUUUGAACUGCAGUGCGGGAUUCUGAGCUAUGAAAUGCAAAUAAAAGCUAAUUUUGCUGCUUUUUUCAGUUGUAACAUAGAACUCCUAAUGCAGCUUGUUAUAUGUGGUAGUGCACAACUUAAAAGUGAAG